ACUGUUCUAGAAUCUUUACAGCUUCAUCAGAAUAACAGAACAUUACCCAGAAGACUUUUACUGAGAAAUACAACAAACGCAAAUAUGAAAUACUACAAACGCAACGGACGGGAUUGGGACAUCAUCAUAGCGGUCGAAGGCACUCAUUUCCAGGCUCACAGAUUAGUGCUGCUGGAAUUGAGCCCUUAUUUCAGCACUCUGUUCUCAAGGUGGAGCAGCCCGAACCAGAUCAUAUACACCAUCCAUGGCGUGGCUCCAUACAUAAUGAACUACAUCAUCCGGUACGCUUACACGAAGCGGAUCAGAAUCACGCACAGAAACGUGAAGGAUCUGGCGGCUGCAGCCGAUUAUCUGUUGGUGAGUGACGUCGUUCAACUCUGCUGCAAGUUUCUGGAGAAGAUGUUCUGCCCACAUAACUGCCUUGAUAUAUGGGGUUUUGCCCAUAUAUACUCCUGGCACAAUCUGUGUUUUAAAGCAGCUAUAAUAGCGGCGAUUUUCCUGCGAUAUAACUAUGCUAUUUCUGUACCCAAAUCAAAUUUCUGGCCACACUCCUCCUUGGGCGGUGUGGGCGUCUGCACUAAAAGAAGGUCUCAAAAUCCGUACACAGCCUGACUGAGAAGAACAGUAACCAAGCCUGGAACUUUGCCUCCAGACCAUGCACACAUACACAAAUACACACAAAAACACUAACACACACUUUUUUUUUUUGCGUCCUUUAUAUUUUUUUACUGUAAAAGGUUGUGGUUUUAUUUGGUGUAAGUUUGGGGUUUUUAGAGACAAAGAGCUGAAGUGACACCUGAUCCAUGCUUUUUGUAAUCUCUCUCUCUCUCUCUCUCUCUCUCUCUCUCUCUCUCUCUCUCUCUCUCUCUCUCUCUCUCUCUCUCUCUCUCU